ACAGAGUGCGGUUUCACCUCAAGCCUGUCCGUUUAUUUACGAUGGACGUCAUUUCGUAGUCGGGAAAGCAUUUUCUGUGCACAAAAAUACGGUCCUCGUAUAUGAUUUUCUCAUCAUGGAAAAAACACGACAGAUUUCUGCUGGGAUAGUGCUCAUUUUGGUGCUAAAUGCUGCCGUGGCAGCCAAUGAGAUGUCUCGACUGUUCGAGGACAUGCUUCCCUAUUACUGCGAGGACUCGGAAGAGGCAUCCUGUAGAGAAGCCCUGAGAGACCCGGGCACCCUGCUCACCAAUGUGCUGCGGAGGCAGGCCGGGCUGGAAGCCCUUAAAAGUAGCGAAUCAAUCCUGCAGCAGAGUUUGCAGGAAGGUCUCUCUCUGGUGGAAGUUGAGUGCAAUUUCGACUUUGCCUCUUUUCCGAUACCCGUGCCAUUUCUCUGCGAUUGGACCACUGAGAGCAAUGAUGACAUAAACUGGGAACCGGGAAGCGUCGCUCUCAACGUUGUCACAAAGGAACCGGGACCCUUCAGCCUAACUGUGUACGCCAUCUCAAGACUUAACAGCGAGACGUCAACAGCCACUGCAGGCAUGCUGACUCCCAUGAUCAAUUGUAGUACCGAUGGUAACGUAUAUGGAGCACUUCAGUUCGAAUACAACCUCCGCGGCACAGAAGACGAUAACAAGCUGAAAGUGAAAUAUGUAGGGAAAGAUGGCGUCCGCAUUACCAUCUGGUCAUCAGAGGACGACUUCAAAAGCAAUUCAUGGGAGACCGCUAAUGUAUAUGAGUUCUACCCGUCUGGUCCAUUCCAGUUGGCGUUUGAAAGUACACUGUCCCCUGGUUCAGAGACGAAACCCUACGCUGCCGUGGACAACGUUGGGCUGCAAGUUGGAGUUCUUCCCUCUAUCUUUGACUGCGAGGGAGGCACCCCACAUUCUGUCACCUGCGGUCUUAUCGACCUGGAGGGAAGAUGGCAACGCUGGUCUGGCUCAGAAGCAUUGGACAAGGGCAGGGGACCAACUACUGACCACACGCUGGGCACCAGUUCUGGUCACUUUACGAUCAAUGUGAAACCUAGUCUAUUCACUCCCGGCACCACGGCGCGAAUGCAGACACCGGAGUUUCAUCGAUGGACUAACGAGACGACGUGCACCUUCCGGUUCUACUAUCACGCCAAGACGUCUGGGGACAUGGAGGUCACCGUCAGUGCCGACUACGGGACAGAAGUGUUUCCCGUCGCCUUAAAUUAUUCAGAAACCUGGGAGGAACAUGAUAUCGACCUGACGAAAGUUUCUGGGAAGUAUCGGGUUACAAUUCAAGUUUCCACUUCCACUGGCAACGGUAAUCACAUUGCAAUAGAUGAUGUCCAGUUUCUGGAGGAAGACUGUCGAGGUAGACUGUUUUGUUCGAGCUUCCCAUGCCUAAACAAUGGUGCCUGCUGGCAGACCUUAGAAACUGACUAUGGGUGCAACUGUACGAAGGAAUAUGAGGGUUCUGAUUGCGGCAUUAAUGUGGAUGAGUGCAGUCGUGAUCCAACGCUGUGCGCGAGUGAUUCCAAUCGCAUCUGCAAAGAUGCAUCGCCUGGCUACCAAUGCGUCUGCAAACCUGGAACUAUAGAAUACAAGGGCAAGUGCAUUGCAGCUUGUACAGACACGAUGUGCACCCGCAAAAACGAAGUAUGUCUUCAGAAUGACAAUGCAUUCUCAUGUCAGUGUCAGUACGGCUAUGUCGAGUCUAAUGGCGAGUGCAUCAGAGACAAGUCCGAGGUGGAAUCCGGUAUUGUCCCGUACACAUUCAAUGUUCUCCUGGGUACCUACCUGGGCGGCAGUCUGGUAGCCGUUGUGGUGGCCGCGCUGGUCGUCCUCUGCUACUUCUCCUGCUGCGACGAGAAAGAUGACGACUGGAAACAAGAGGCGGUAGAGGCCAACCAUUACAACGACGCGGACGUAGCGGGCGGGUCGGGCCUGAACGCCAACGGUACGGGACAGAGAUCGCCCGCCGCUAACGGGGGCGUGGAGCUGAAGAAUCGUGGUCCGGAGAAAAUGUAAAACAGCAACUUCCGCAGGGCAACUUAUUAAAAGUUCUUCCCACAUUUGGCAGGGUUUUUAUAGUUGCCUCCCCGUCUCCUGUGAUACCCAGUCACACAUGUGCCGAUGUAAAACUACUGCAAUGGGUUUGAAUUUCAUUAACCCGAUUGAGAUACGGGAGGGCGCUAUUUGGAGGGGAUAAAUUUCGGUAAAUCAUAUUACACCGCUUCGAUUAAUGUUUGAAUAAGCCACGAAACAUUAGAUUGAAUUACCAAAGCCAUAUGAGGUUGAAUGUUCACUGGGUUAACAUAUAUAGUUAUGCAGUCACAACUGAAUGUUAUCGUUUUCAUAACUUCAGAUACAUUUAGUUCAUCAUACUUGUGUAUCUGCACAUCUAAAAGUUUUAGACCAUUAGGCCAAAAAAAAAGUCUCCGGUUUCUGGUAUGCGCGCGCGUCGC